GGAAGAUGGCACCUUCACAAUCUGUUUUCGUCCAGUGUCUGCUGUUGGUUUCUGUGGUUCAGAUGAAUGGUCUACAUGAGGAGGGUACUUUCCUCUCAGCAUCUUUUGGAGAGAACAUUACAUUACGUUGUGCUUCACCUGCCAAUGCCAAGGUCGGAGCUAAACUUUACUGGUACAGGCAAAAAUUGGGCAUGAAACCAGAGCUCAUCUCUUCAUACUUUAAAUAUGACCAAAAGAGUGAAUUUUAUGGAGAAUUUCUCAGCAACAAUCGUUUGAAGCUGGAUUAUGACAAUAAAAAAAAUGACUUACAUAUCAAGAAUGUAAACAUCUCUGAUUCUGCUGUUUAUCACUGUGUGGGAUGUUAUUUACAUCAAAGUGAGUUCCUGGAAAGUGUCACUGUGAUUGUGAAGAGUUUGAGCCCAACAGUUAAAGUCCAUCAGUCUCCACAUGAGGAAACAGAAGCAGGACAUUCUGUGGUUCUAAACUGUAGUGUCCAGACUGAGAGGUGUGAAGGACAGCACAGGGUUCACUGGUUCAAACAGUCUGAAGAGUCUGCAGCAGGAGUCCUGUACAGUCAUGGAGGAGGUCGUGUGGGUGAUGGGUGCAAGAACAAUGGAACAAGUCCAACCAACUCCUGUGUGUACAGCCUCCCCAUACACAAUGUGAACUCAGAGCAGACUGGGACCUACUACUGCGCUGUGGCCGCCUGUGGACAAGUCCUGUUUGGGAACGGGACCAGGAUCACAGUAAAAUAUGGAGAACAGACUAUAGUUAUUUACCUCUUGAGUGGAGCUUUGGCAGUCUCCUCAGUCCUGGUGAUGCUUCUGGUUUUCUCACUGUGCAGAGUCAAAAAGAAAUACAACAUUCUGUCCACAGAACUCAAAUAUCAGUCCAGAAUACUGGCUACGACCAAUGGAGAGGAGCAGGACGUGCACUCCCUCCAUUACGCUGCUUUGAGCGUCCAGCCUCCAUCCAGAAGACAGAGAGUCACCGCUCACACUGACUGUGUGUACUCCGGUGUUCACCCACAUGACUGAACCAUGGACACAGCCCUGAUGCUAGAUGUGCUUUUUUGCGAUUUGCUGAUUCCCUUAAAGAAGAGAUAUUAUUCAAAAUCAACUUUUUGGACCAUUUGAGUGGUUUAUAUGCAGUGUUGGGAAGUUUACUUUUAAAAUGUAUUCCCCUACAAAUUACAGAUUACAUACCCCAAAAUGUAGCUUGUAACAUAAUCCAUUAAAUUGCUUAAAGUGAGCAACGUAAUCUGAAUACUUUGGAUUACUUGAUUUGCUGUAGAGAAGCAAAGAUGAGGAAAUCUUCACAUAAGAUGUUUUGUUUGAUAAAAGAAAAUAAAAAGCCCAGACUUUCCUUAACCAGAUUAAAAAUAUUAUUGAUAGAAGAUGAGGAGACACAGUCCGCACAGCAGGAUUUAAUCCUUUUAAAACCUGUUUUAGACCUGGUUUUAAUCGUGGUUUAGUCCUGGUUUAGACUUGGUUUAGACCUAG